AUGACAAGCAACCGAAACUCAUCGGCUUCAUACGCGUAUUACUCAUUUCCACCUACGCCCAGUCGCGAUUCACCCUCAUCAAAACGAUCCAGCCCUUCUACCGUCAAGAGCUACAAAAGCACUAUGCCGUCACCCGCAGCAGGAAGAGCGGGCAAUGCCCCGGAGACACCUACAAAGACUGGCAAGAGUCCUCAGUCAUCAUCUACUUCUAAGCUUACUGGUCAAGGCACUCCUGGUCGCAAACCACCCAAGCUAGGUGCUUCAAAAGCCACACCCAAAAAGCUCAGCGAAGACUCACCCAAACCUCCUAAGUUGGGCGAAAAGAACACCAAAGACGUCACCGACAAGGCCGAAGAUGCCGGAGAUGACGCGCAACAACGAAUCAGCAUGAAAGACACCGAAGAGACUGGCAAGCAAGCUGGUCAUGACACCGGCGCCGAAAGCACGUCCGUUGCUGACACCAGUGAAUUGUCCGAAGCCAAUCCCGAACCUGUGCCAGACAGCGACGAGGACGAGGCUGAAGACAUCGAGGGUGCCGCCAAGGAUGAAGGCACUGAUGAAGGCGAAGAGACCGAAGGCCCACCCGAAGACACUCCAGCCGCAGAAACCGAAGAUGCGGCCGAGGAAGCGGAGGAUGAGGCUGAGGGCAAGGGCUCUGGUGCAGUUGGCGGCUUGAAGUCAGCAGCCGGAGGAGCCAGCGGAGGUCCAAAGAAGCUUUCUAGCAAAGCUGGUGGUGCGAAAGACACGGCCACCGGUGCUGCCGGAAAAGCCUCGAAAGGAGACGCCAAGGGCGCUGCCAAAGACACCGCUGGCGAUGUCAAGGAGGCUGGCGAAGAUGCGGCUGACGACGCCAAAGACACCGCCGAAGACACCGCUGAGGGAGCCAAGGAAGCCGGCGAAGAUGCCACGGAGGAUGUUCCCGAUGCCGACGAGGCGACAAAUGGCGUCAAGGAUAAGGCCGAGGAGGCAGCAGGCGAUGUGGAAGACACCGCCGAAGAUGCCAAAGACACUGCCGAAGACACCGCCGAAGAUGCCAAGGCAACUGCUGAAGACACCGCCGGAGACGCCAAAGACACUGUCGAAGAUACUGCCGAAGACGCCAAAGACACUGCCGAAGACGCCAAAGACACUGCCGAAGAUACCGCUGAAGAUGCCACGGCCACCGCCGAAGACACCAAGGACACUGCUGAAGACACUGCCGAAGAUGCCAAGGCAACUGCUGAAGACACCGCCGGAGACGCCAAAGACACUGCUGAAGACACUGCGGCAGAAGCCAAGGAUACCGCCGAAGAAACCGCUGACGGUGCCAAGGACACUGCCGAAGAGACCAUUCCAGACCUAUCCGUCCUAAAAGGCCUGAAAGUCGGUGAGAACGGUGACAUCCUUGACAAGGAUGGCAAUGCCAUCGGCAAACUCGACGAGGGUGACGCAGCAGACUUGGAAGGAUACGAAAUCGGAGACGAUGGAGAGAUCCUCGACGAAGACGGUGACGUUGUUGGCCGCGCAACCGCACUUCCUCAGAAGGCCGAAGAGGUUGGCGAUGAAGCCAAAGACGAAGUCGACGGUGCUGCCGAAGAUGCAGAAGACGCUGCCGACGAGGCCAAAGAUACUGCUGAAGAUGCCGUCGAGACAUACCUCCCUGACCUGGACGUCCUUGAUGGACUGGAAGUUACAGAGAAUGGAGAUAUCCUUGACAAGGAAGGGAAGGUGUUGGGCAAGAUCACAGAAGGUGAUCCCGCCGACCUUGUAGGAAUGACUGUCAACGCCGAAGGUGAAAUCCUAGAUGAGGAUGGUGAUGCCAUUGGCCGUGCAGAGACUGUUCCACAAGAAGUCGAGAAAGAGGCAGAGGAUGCUGCUGGUGAACUUCCUGGCCUUGAUGCCUUGGAGGGUCUUGAGGUUGGAGAAGAUGGUGAGAUCAAAGAUGCUUCCGGCAACACCUUGGGCAAAAUCACCGAAGGCGACCCAGCCGACCUCGCUGGCAUGACGCUCAACGCCGAAGGAGAAGUCUUGGACGAGGAUGGUGACGUGAUCGGUCGUGCCGAGAUUGUCCCAGAGGCAGCAGGUGCUCUUGAUGAUGCCAAACCAGAAUUUGUUCAAGAAGCCCUCGACAAGGUUGACGACCUGACAGACCAACUGAAACCCAACCUCACUAUCGUUGAAGGCAAGAAGCUCAACAAGAAGGGCAACAUUAUUGACGACGAAGGAGAGAUCAUUGCUAAGCUUGUUGAAGGCGAUCCCAAGGAAUGCGCCGGCAAAGUCCCCAACGAGAAUGGAGAAAUUCUCGACAAAGAAGGCAAUGUCAUCGGCCGUGUUGAGGUCGUUGAAGGCGAGGCUGCUGAUGAAGCCAUGAAGGACCUCCACCCUGAGCUUGUUGAGCAACUCGAAGAGGCCCAGACUGCUGCUGAGGAGGCUGAGCAAAAGGCUGCCGAGCAGGCUGACGAGGCAGGUGACCAAGCCGACAAGGCCGAGGACGCUGCCGAGACUGCCGAAGACGCUGCAGACGAAGCCAAGGAAGCAGCCGACAAGGCCGGCAAGCCUGACUUCGCUCAACUCGAAGGUCUCAAGGUCAACAAGAAGGGUGAAGUCGUCAACGAAGAUGGUGAAGCUAUUGCCCGACUUGCCGAGGGAUACGAGAUCGAAGAUGUCCGCGGCAAGAAGAUCAACGAGAAUGGCGAGAUCGUUGACAAGGAUGGUAACGUCAUUGGCAAGGUCGAGUUCAUCCCAGAGGCCAUCGAAGAAGGUCUCGUUGAGGUCGAAGAGCCCGAAGACGAGUCACCCGAGACUUCUGACCUUGAAGGUCUGAAGGUCAACCGUAAGGGUCAAGUCCUCAAUGAGGAUGGUGAACCUAUUGCUGAACUCGAGGAGGGUGAGCUCGAGAAAUGUGCCGGCAAGAAGCUCAACGACAAGGGCGAAGUGCUGGACAAGGAUGGAAACGUCAUCGGCAAGGUGAAGAUGAUUACCCAAGAACCAGAGGAUGAAGAGGCAGAGGAAGCGACCGAUGAGCCUCCUCUUUCCAUCCUCGAAGGUCUCAAGGUCAACAAGUCUGGCAAGAUCGUUGACAGAGAUGGCAACAUUGUCGGUGAAUUGGUCGAGGGUGAUGCCAAGAAACUCUGGAAAUCUGGCACCGCUUGCGACGACCAAGGUCAAUUCUGGGACAACAAGGGCCAUAUCAUCGGCAAGGCCAAGACCCUGCCUCAAGAAGAGAAGGAGGAAGAAUCCGAGUUCGCUGGCCUUGAAGGUCUUACUGUCGUCGCUGAUGGUUGGAUCGAAGACGAGAACGGCAACCGGGUUGGCCGCAUCACUGAAGGUGACGCCAAGAAGCUCGUCGGCCGUUCUGUUGAUGAGGAUGGAGACAUCAUCGACAAGAAAGGAAAUGUUGUCGGCCACGCUGAGAGAUACGAGGAGCCUGAGGCCGAGCCUGAAGCAGAGGCAGAAGCUGUUGACUUGUCCGAGUUGAAGGGCCUCAAGGUCAACAAGCAAGGAAAUGUCAUCGGUCCCGAUGGUGUGCCUGUUGGUCGUCUUGUCGAGGGCAACGUCAAGGAACUUGCAGGACGAUCCAUCGACGGUGAAGGACAAAUUUGGAAUGACAAAGGCCAAGUUGUCGGACGAUGCGAGCUCAUUCCUCCCGAGGAACGCGAGGCCAAGGCUGAAGGUCCUUUCGCUGGCCUCGAGGGAGUUGUCGUCGGCAAAGAUGGCUUCGCCAAUGACCACGAAGGCAAUGUCGUCGGUAAGGUCGUCGAAGGUGACUGGAAGAAACUUGUUGGACGUGCUGUUGAUGAAGAUGGUGAUAUCAUCGACAAAUACGGUAACGUCAAGGGCCACGUCGAGCCUUAUGAGGAGCCAGAGGAAGAAGUCGUGGAAGAAGACCUGUCAAGCCUAGAAGGCAAGACCGUAAACAAGGCCGGCAAGAUUGUCGACGACCAUGGAACCAUCUUCGGUGAGGUUACCGAGGGCGACAUGAAGCAUCUCGUCGGCUGCAAGGUUGAUGGUAAGGGUCAGAUUUGGAGCAACAACGGCAAAGUUAUCGGUAAAGCUGGCCUCAUCCAAGGUGGUGACGACGGUCGCUCCGAGGGUCCCUUCUCCAACUUCGACUCCACCAUCGUUUCCAAGGAUGGUCUUGUCAAGGAUGCCAGCGGAGAGAUCGUCGGACGCGUCAUUGAAGGCGACCCGAAGAAACUCGUGGGCCGCAAGGUCGACGACGAGGGCGACAUCGUUGACAAGAACGGUAAUGUCAUCGGUAAGGCCGAGCGUUGGGAACCAGAAGAGAAGGACCGUGAAGUCUCGCCCAUGGCAGGCUGCCGCGUCAACAAGGAAGGAGAAGUCCGCGACAAGAACGGCGAUGUCAUUGGCAGACUUACCGAGGGCAACCUCCUGGCUUGUAUCGGCAAGGAAGUCAACGACAAUGGUUAUGUCGUCGACCAGGAUGGCAACAAGAUCGGAGAGUGCACGCUGAUCGAGAACAUUCCCGAAGAGGAGGAGGAGGAGGUCGAACAGACUCCCGAAGAACUCAAGGCCGAAGAAGAGCGUGAAGUCGCAAAGAAGAUCGGCAACAUCAUCAACCAGACCAUCGAUCAGAUGACUCCGAUCUGCAAGCAGAUUGAUGAGGCCAUUGAAAAGGCCGACCGUACGCCACGCGAGGAACUUGACGAGGAGAAACUCGUCCAGGAAGUCAAGCCUUUGAUCGAAGAAGGCAACCGUAAAUUGGGCGAGUGCAACGGCGCCAUCCGCGGUCUCGACCCAGAUGGACAUAUCGCUGCGCAGGCCAAGGCUCGCGCUGCCUCGGGUGAGGCUUCGCCUGAAGAGCACCGUGUUGCAGAGGGUCUGAAGGAGUUGACGACGACCAUCGUCAAGACCAUCGACAACGCAAAGAAGAAGAUCUCUGACAUGCCUCAUGCCAAGAAGAAGCUGAACCCACUUUGGGGUCUGCUUACCGAGCCUUUGUUCCAGAUCAUUGCCGCCGUCGGACUGUUGUUGUCUGGCGUGCUGGGUUUGGUGGGCAAAUUGCUCAACGGUUUGGGUCUGGGCGGUCUUGUCAACGGUAUCCUUGGUGGACUGGGCGUUGACAAGUUGAUGGGUGGUCUUGGACUGGGCAGUAUUGCCGAGAGUCUGGGCCUAGGUGGUGGCAAGAAGAAGUAA